CCACGACCAUGCGGUGCUACCGAAUCGACCUUUGCGACCGUUUCCAUCCCACAUUCAUUUAGCACAACCACACCUUCGACUCUGCGACAACAUCCCGCUGAUGCUCGACAUCUCCGACUACACACUCAUCAGCUCCGCCGCGUCUCCCUCAAACUCAUGACGCGAUGUCUGGGGUCCCGCAACCCGCAGCGCAGCAGCAGCUCGAAGCCGCCGAGGCCAUCGCGAUCGCGCAACUGAGCCCCGCGCUCCAGGACCCCAAGGCACGCGUCGUCCGGGGCGUCGUGACAAUCACGUGGCCCUACAGCAUCGUCAGAAAAAACAUUGCCUUCCUCCUCGCCGAGGCCGACUUCCGCCUGCGUCGCGCCAAGGGCCAGGUGCGCGUCGAGUUUGCCGGCUCGACCGCCAAAGCGAUUGCGGAUGCGGCUCUGGGGAGCGGCGACGAGAUUUCGCUGUCGCUGGACGGGGUCGAGCUCGUUGCGGACGACUCCAAGACGCGCGUUCCGGGAACGAGCUUGGAGUGGCAGCUGAGGUUUACAGAGAGGGUGCUUCUCCAGGCCAAGAUUAGCGAUUCCGAAGAGGUCAAGGUCAUCGAUGUCGACCACCCCGCACAACCCGAAUCAGAGCCCGAAGAGCUACCGGUGUCCAUCCUCGAAUCAUUUCAGGAUGUCGAAGAGACCCCGGGGCCGAUUGCGACACCCGCGAAAACACCUUUAAGCAAGAGACCCGCCGACCAUGGCCUUGGCGCCGAUGAGUUUGCGUCCCCCGCGUUCCUCAAGCGUGCUAGGGUUUCCUACGGAUCACUGUUCGAUGGGGGCCUCGACAUCUUUGAUGAGGCAGAUGACGGAGCAAAGGCCCGGGCGAAGAAGAAGCCAAAGACAGGCAGGUACAGCAGCGUUUGGACAUACGCCAGUCGAACCCCGAGUCCCGAGCCGGAAGCACCUGAGGAAGAAGACACAUCAAUGGUUGUUGAGGAGCAGCCGACGGUUGCCACGCCAUCACGGCCUACGAUGGUGGACGGUGCCUGCCAGACAGUGGAGCAAGAGACGAGCCCCCCGAGAGAUGUCCAGGUGGCGGCAGAGGCGCGGCAGGACCCUUCGUACUGGCAGACGCCGUCGAAGUCGACAAUGAUCGAUUCAGGGGUUCAGUCUGAUCUGCCUCUUAGCCCCAACAUCGGGCUGACUCCACUCGGAUUUGGACCGCCGCCGCCCAUGCCGAUAUUCACGUCCGCCCACGAGCAGUAUCCGCCGGCCUUCCAGCAGCCGCCUAUCGAUCCCGUCUUUGGUCACGACAUGGAGCCGCAUUACGGCGCUGAAGGGCCAUUUCACGAACACCCCAGCGCGUACCCAGAGGCAGGGCUUGACCAUUCGCCUAUGCAUGGCCACUACCCCACGACGUUCCUCGACGAGCCGCACUUUGGCCCAGACGGCGUCGUCACGUCACAGCCACUGUCGGAGCCGAUACCCGCGUACCAAGACCACCCGCAGCAGCACGAUCUAGAGGCACAGCCCCACCACACAGUCAUGGUUGAUGGGGUCGCUGAGCCUCAGCAAAUACCCUGGGGCCUCACGUCGGCACACUAUUCGAGAUCGCCCGCGAAGCCUGCAGAGUCUGGUGAAGUGCACGAGGGGCGAGCCUCUAGCCCUCAGGACGCCGAUGGCGAGACAUGGGAAGAAGACCGCGAGCGUGAGGCGAGAGACGAUCCUGAGGACGAAGAGGCACUCAGGGUAGAGGAGGACCAAAUGUCGGAAGACCAAGACGGCCCCGAAGAGAAUUUUGCAUCGAGAACGUACGCCGAGAGACGCCACGAGCGAGGUGAAGAAGCCGCAAGCAUAGAAAAGGAGAGCAGUCCCGUGGGCAGUGGCAGCGGCAGCGGCAGUGAGAGCAGUGGAGAGAGCGAUGAGGAAGCCGAGCACGAGGCUGACGACACCGGCGGGGACUACGACAUUACCCACUUCCGCAAUCUCAGCAAUAACCAGGAUGACGACGCGGGGACGGACCUGGAGUCGGACUACGGACAAGAAGAAGAGGAGGAGAUACUGGAUCCCGAAGAUGACGAGGAAGCGGAGGAAUCCGAGGACUACGACGAGGAGGGCUACGAUGAGGGGGACUAUGACGAGGACGAGGACCAAGAGAACCAACCGCCGCCUGCUGCUCCGCGAGGGGGACCACCAGUAGUCAUUGACUUGCUCUCGGAUUCCGAGGACGAGGAUGAAGCUCCGCCGCCGCCACCACCGCCCGCCGCGGCUCCUCGGCGACAGAUACCGCAGUACGAUGGGUCCGCCGAUGAGAUGGAAGACGAGGACAUGGACGACCAAGAGAGCCAGGGAGAAAGUGUGAGGAAUGAAGACAGUCAACAAGGCUCGUCGCCGCAACCGUCUGAUGCGGAGAGCGAAGAGGACCAGGCAUCGCAAGUCGGCACACCCACGCCGAAGCCCCGUCAGGCGGCAGUUUCUUCCGCUCCGGACUUGACGACGGGGUCGAUUGGCGAUGAUUUCGAGACGAUGAGCCCAGUGAAGCUGCCGCACAUGGCAGGCGUUCCGCAUAGCUCUUCCCGGCCUACCUCGCGAGGCGAGUCGGAUGAUCUCGAGGCGGAGCUCGAAAGGGAGCUGGAGGAGGAGAUUGCGGCGGAUGAUGCCGGGAGCGACCGUCAGACACCGGCCCCAUCUGAGGGCAUGGCGGGUGUUGAAGAGACGGGGAUUGUGCCGUCGAGUCCGUUCAAUGAGGACGUUCGUCAUGCACCACCGAAGCAGGCAGCAUCCAGUCCUUUCAACGAGGGUCCUGCUGGCGAUACAGCGCUGAAGCAGGCCGUGUCCAGCCCAGUCAGGACCGAUAUCGAGGAUUCUGAGGUGCUGGGAGAGGAGACGCUCGCUGUUGAGUCUCCUGUGGCUGAGGAGUCCAGCCCGGUUCGAGUAGUCUCGGCUGCUGAGGAGGAAGCAGGCGUUAGGUCUAUGGCCGAGGAAUCUAGUCCGGUCCGAUCCGUUGCGAAGGAGCCGGCCGUCAAGUCGAUGGCCGAGGAAUCUAGCCCUGUUCGACCUGUCCCGGCUGUCGAGGAGGAACUCGCCGUUGAGUCUCCCGUGGCUGAAUCCAGCCCCGUUCGGCCUGUCGCCGCUACUAAGAAGAAACCUGCCGUUAAGUCGAUGGCUGAAGAAUCCAGCCCCGUCCGGCCUGUUCCGGCUAUUGGGGAAGAAUCUAGCCCCGUUCGGCCGGUCACCGCUACCAAGAAGGAAGCUGCCGUCAAGUUCCCCAUGGCUGAAGAGUCCAGCCCCGUCCGGCCUGUCCCGGUCGUCGAGGAGGAAUCUAGCCCCGUUCGGCCUGUCUCAGCUGCUAAAGAGGGACCAGCCGUUGAGUCUCUCGUAGCUGAGGUGUCCAGCCCUGUUCGGGCUGUUGGGGCUGUUGAGGAGUCACCGGAGCCAGAGACAGAGGCUGCCGAUGUCCAAGUUGCGCCAGAGGAGGAAGACGACGUUGAGCCUGAAGAGUUGGUCACAGACGAAGCUGAGGGUCAGUCACUGGCAGAUCAAUCAGAAGCUCUCGUCACAGAAAGUCUCCAGGCAAGGAUAGAUGAUGCUGCCGAGACCGAAGUCGCCCAAGCAGAGGAUGAAACUGUCCAGCCUGAAGUCCCUGCCGAGGAUGUCACUCGACAGACACCAGAAUUAGAAGCCAGCAAUGUCGAAGCGCCUGGGCAGACGGAAGAAGUGCAGCAAGUCGACCCCGACGACAAAGUCGCGGCCAAGGAGCAAUCACCGGAACACACCGAGGUCACCGUGGCUGAAGCAGUGGAAGAGACAGUCUCUGUCGACGCAACAGCACACACCUCACCCAAAGAGGCCACGCCGGACCAUGUCGAGAUCAAAGAGACAGAGGUCACCAAGAUGGAAGUGGAAGAGACGCAGCCUCAAUCUGACGAUGAAGACAUGGAAGUCUCACUGAUUCCCGAUGAGACUAUAGUCCAGGACGUCGAAGAAGCUACAGUCGAGGUGCACAUGGACUCUGACGACGAGGGCUCUGUCGAGCCAGCGGACGUUGACAUGGGCGACCCAGACGACAUGUCGGUCGACGACGAAAUCAGCAGCAAUGCGACAGACUCGGAUAUGGAGCUCGACGAUGUCACCCAGGACCAGCUCAUCCAGAGCCAGCUGUACGAGGAGUCGAUGAUGUACGAGGAAGACCAGACGGUCACGACUUCCAUCACCACGACGCAGGUUGUCGAGGAGCGGCCAGUCUCUCAGGGAGGUGAUGCCGCCGACGACGCUCGCCUCGAGACUGAGGUUAUCGAGACGUCACGGGUGACUGUUGAGACGACCAUCACGGAGCCCCUGAAGACGACGGACGCGCAACAGGCGCAAGUCGAGGACGCGAUGGACGUGGACGAGCUGGAGGACGCCAAGUCUACACAGAUGGCAUCGCCUACGCCAACGCCUCAAUCAUUUGAGGAGAAGACGGCUGAAACAGAAACCUCACAAGCCGACGAACAAUUGACACCACGCGCCACACAAACCGUCAAGUCCUUCUCGCAGUCGUUCGUCGAGACGCAGGCCACCGAGGUGACUGUACCAGACGAUGGUGAACCACAGGCGGAGCAAUUAGCGGAGCCUCUCGACGAGAGACGCCCCGCCGAAUCCCCCGCAGCGGCCCCAGUCCAACCCCACGAACCGCUGCUGGAUGAUGAGGAGGAGGUGGAGAGGGAGAAGGAAGCGUCCACUCACCACGAAGCUGAUGCAGAUGCGCCCUCACCUAUCAACGAAGAGUCAUCACAAAUCCGAGACUCGUCGGCGCAACCGUCGGAAGCGCAAUCGUCUCUUAUCGCCGAGGACACAUCGGAGGAAGUCGUUUCCGCCGCGAAGCCAACUCCGAAGCGAGGUCGCGGCCAGCACCACAGAACCAACAGCAAGGAUCAGGAUCCCAGCGUUAAACUGGCCCGUGCGUCGAUUGCUUCUCGACGGUCGACGCGCCUAUCAGAUCGCACGACGCCUGACAUUCACAGCAGCGCCGCUGCCGCUCCCGCUCGAGGGACGGCAGCGGCAGCGACGACGACGAGCCGAGGUAGGUCGGCGAGCCUGGCGCUCAAGAGUGAUUCACCUGAUGCGGACGCGGAGGAUACGGAGGUGCAGCCCGCUAGGGCCGCGGUCAAGUCACCAUCGCGAGCUCCCAAGACCGCCAAGGAGAGUGUCACCAAGGGGGGCAAGGAGACUGUCCCCAAGGAGGCCCAGACUAAAGAAUCAAAGGCCAAGGAAAAGGCAACCUCAAAAGAGGCUGCUGCAUCAUCAACAUCACAACCGACAGAACAAUCCUCCGCCGCACUCAAAGCCCAGCUCGCCAAAUCCCUCCGCGCCGACGUGCCGGACUGCAUCUCCCUUAAAGUCCUCCGAAGCCACCCGGGCCGCACGGUCGACGUGCUCGCCGUCGCCACCACGAACCCGCCCGAAGCGAAGCGCGCCAAGGGCGGGCCCCGCGGCAUCAUGCUGGCGUUUAACGUCACCGACCACUCCAUCGCGCCCGCGCAGACGGUCGCCGUGCAGAUUUUUCGGCCGCACAAGGCCGCGCUGCCCGUAAUUCACCAGGGCGACGCGGUGCUGUUAAGGAACUUUAGUGUCAUGGUGCUUACGCGGAGCGGGUUCGGGUUGAGGGCGAAUGAUGGGUCUAGCUGGGCUGUUUUUGAGACGAGACGGCACGGGCAUGGGGGCGAAGGCCAGGGAGGAGGGGACGGUAGCAGUGCUGAUGCGGACGCUGGUGAUGAUUUGCCGCAGAUUCGGGGUCCGCCUGUGGAGCUCUCUGAGGGGGAGACGGGGUAUGCGGCUCUGCUUAGGCGGUGGUAUGCCGGGCUGGACGCCAAGUCGCUCGCGAGGUUGGACAAGGCUAACGAGGCGGCGCCGGCUGUUGGGAAUGUUGGUAAGGAGGGCAAGUGAUGUGCAAGCAGCAGUCACUAUAGUGUAGUGUGGAUGAUACGCAGAGGUGGAUGGGAACUACGUGUUGGGUGAAGCAUUUGACUAGAUUGCGUAUGGGGAUUCUGGCAUGGGAUAGACGUAGCUCGUGUAGGUAUCACGGCAGAGAUAUCACGAUAGUCGGCAAUGCAUUGUACAAAUAACCAUCUUGUUGACUGGCC